GUACUUUCUUGAUUUCUCCAUGACAACCGUUCCUGUUUUCUUUUAUGUAUAAAAGUAAAUUAGUUUUCAUAAUUCAAUAAACAACUCAUAUUCUAUUUGUACUUUAUCGUAUUUCUAUUGAUAUCUAAGUUUCGAACUGAUCCGAAUAUAAUAAAGGAACGAUAAUGACUGUCUUUACUCCAUUCGUUUCCUGCAAAAAUCAACUUUUGCUAGAGCCGCCAUCUAGUGGAGGUGCAUUUUUAGUGCUUUCGUUUGUAAUCUAACUUUCUAUUCUAUGCCAGUUUUUUUGCCAGCACUAAUGAUUGUGCUGGCAAAAAACUUAACUUUGACAGGUAGUCGUUGUUCAGCAUUAGUAUUAUGUUUGUUCCUUAAAAACAUAUUAAAACGGAUUCGGAACGGUGAAACUACGAAAUAAAUAAUGAAGCAAUUAAUUAAAAUCGAUUACACUUAAAAAAAUCGAUUAUUUUUCCACAUCCCUACUAAUAACUUCUGUUCAACUGUCAAAUGCGUAAUGUCUGUAAACUUGGUAAACUCAUGAAAACUUAUUGGUAAAUUUUCUUUAUUCCUCUUUGUUUGCAACGAACAAAGUUAUUAAUUUAAUAACUAUUAUUCAAUUAUAUUUGAUUGUUAGCUGAUUACUUUAGAUAGUAAAAUUAAUUAGAAAUGUUUUAGAUGUUCAUUUAUUAGUUUAGAUAAAUUAUAAAAUUCAUUAUGUGUGAUGAUAUACUUCAAUCAGUGAAGGAGCAGUUCCUAGACAUCGAAAACAACAGUCCCACAAUUUUAGAGGAACCAACAUUUGAUAAUUUGCCUGUAGAGAUCAUAUUAAAAAUAUGCUCGUAUCUAGAUCCUUAUUUCUUAAGGAACACUGUUAGUAAAGUCUGCAGAAGGUUUGAGGAUAUACUUGCAGAUGACCACCUUUGGAAACAUUGGGUUCACAGUAAGAUAAAAGGAUGCUUUCCUGUGUUACUUGAUUGCGACAUAUUAGAUGAAGUUCAGUUGGAUUGGGAAAAUGUAUGUAUAGACAUGGAUAUAGAAUACAGAAAAUGGACAAAUGUUAAGGACACUAUGAGACAUAUUGUUGUUAAAGAUGUUCAUUUUGCUUCUGUAGAUACUGUCCUUCUUUUGAAUAAUGGAGAACUAUGUAUUUCUGGUGGAAGAGACCGUGGUAUGGCAUUAUGGAAUGUUUUAGAUAUAACUCCACAUGACAAGAGUGAUAAUAUGACAACUCUCACAGAUGCUAAACCUAAACAUAUAAAAUAUGAUGCUCAUUCUGGUUGGGUUUGGGAUUUAGCUCCAGACAACAUAGAAUCUGCAACUAAAGUGUACUCGGCAUCUUGGGAUAAUACUGUUAAAGUAUGGGAUUUGGCUACAGGACUUGAAUGUAUUGAAACAUUUAAAUGUGGUAUGUCUGCUUUGUCAGUGGUUAGUACUGAUAAUUAUGUUAUGGCUGGAUUAUAUUCAAAAAAGAUUUUGUCAUUUGAUUUGCGUGCAGGUGCAAAUCCAGUGAACUCUUACAAACCACACAGAGGUCCAGUAUUAACCCUUCACACUCACAAGAAUAUGGUUGCCUCUGUAAGUGAGGAUAAAACUUUAGCUAUAUAUGAUAAAGUUGCAGGAAAAAUUAUUGUAAGUGAUGUAAAAAUACCAACAGACAAAGCUUAUCCUGUUUGCAUUAGUUGGACUCCAUCCGCUAUGUAUAUUGGAGAUUCAAAGGGUUCUUUACACCUGAUGCACCCACUGAAUUACAAUCAUGUGAAAUCACAUGAAAUUUGGCCUGAACCGCCAAUCAUUAAACCCUCAAGUAAAAUAACCAGUUGUCACCAAAGUCAAGGAAAUAUGAUUGUUUGUUCAGAUAGAGGGGAAAUCAAAUUUUUUUAUAAUUGCUAUCCACCCCAGGAAUAUACUACUAUAAAAACGAGCACUUUCGAUGUGACACAGAUGCGAUACCUGAACGGUGUUAUGGUGAUUGGAACCUGUGAUUCUGCACUCGAGUUUUGGGUUCCGAAAGAAAAAUAUAACGAAUUUUCGUAAGAAAACUUUCAGCUAUCAAUGAUUAAUUUUUGUUUAUUCCAAAUAAGGAGCCGUACAUAAAUUACGUCACACAAAAUUCAGGAUUUUAACACCCCCCACUCCUGUCACCUAUUUAUCUGUACAAAUUCUACUUAAUAUUGUUCUAAUGUCACAGGUCGUAAUUUAUGGAUGACCCCUAAUUACUUGUUUAUUUGUAUGCUGAAGAUAAUAAUUUUGGCAGCUUUUUUUUUAUAAACAGACUAGAUUAGAUAAAUUAACAUACUCACGUUCUUAAUAAGUACAAUAUAAAUAAUAAUAACAUACUAUUUAUAUUUUGAUGAAAUCUACAUAAUUUUUUAUUGAUUAGCAAGUCUAAAAAU